CCUGAGUUUCUACGGCCAGCCGAGGAUUCGAACCUACAUCUACUUGCGCCCCAGACUCCAUCCACUACAUUGCACCACACGGGGUAUCCUUCAGUGUGACUGACCCUCUGGUAGUUCAGAGUACGGUUCUUGUACCCAGCAAGGAAGGGAGGAGCCCUUUUCCGAGAAAAGAAAAUCGAAAGUAAAAGGCUCCCUUCUUCUUCUCGCCAUGCGCGCGGUUUCGAUUUUGAGCUCGGCUAUUCUCCCUCCAGGCAAAAUGGCCGAGGGAGAUGCCGCCUAUAGUUACCCCUUAAUUGUGGAGGGAGAUUGGGGCGGCAAAUUCGCCAAAAAUCUGAAAUACAAGCUCACGUCGUAUUUUCAGAGUCGGAAGAGAUCGGGCGGAGGAGAAUGCAAAAUAAUCCACGCGGAAACCGGCCGGGAGAGCCAGAUCACCGUGUACUUUGCUGAGGAAGACGUGAGACAGAGUGUCCUGAACAGAAAGACUCAUGAACUUGAUGUGUCAGGAGGGAAAAAAAUAAGGCUUGCUGUUUCCCUACCUCCAGUAGCAGCAACAGUUGAGAAUGAGCCCUCAAGAGAAGCACAUCCUCCAAAGCAGGAAUCCACUGAAGGUGAAGAACCUCAACAGCCAGGUAACAUUGUUUUAAAUCAUCCUGAAAAUGGAGCAGAGAAGCAAAUAACUCAGGAGGACUUUAGUGUGGUGGUCAUACCAGUUGAAGGAAAGGAAAUUGACACAGAUAUCAUAGUGAUGUACUUUGAAAACAGGCGGGCUGGCGGGGGCCCUGUGAAGGCUUGUGUUAAAGAAGGCCAGCAGUUUAUCAUCACCUUUGAAAAUGAAUCAGACGGCGAAAGAGUAUUACAACGGAAGGAUCACACCGUGAAUAAAAUUGCACUUCAUGUCAGCAAACACAAGCCAGCGGUGGUUCAAGCUCAGCUACCAAUGUCUUCAUCCCUUGUUGUGAUUGAGAAUGUGGGAGAAACCAUAGAGCAGUGCAUGCUUAUUUUGUUGAUAGAGAAUACCAGUGACUUAUCAGAAGAGGAGGGGGAGUUCAGUGUGGAAAUGGUACCGGAGAGGAAUGCAGCGGUAAUCACUUUUAUCAAGCACAUUGAAAUAGACCAGUUUGUCAGAGCAUUCAAUCUAUAUCAGAGAAGCAAGGACCUGAAUCUUUCUGCGCAUUCUCUGGAGAUUACUAAAAGCAUUCUGGUUGAAAACAUUCCACCUGGCAUCUCUAGAAACCAUAUAAUUGUCUACUUCGAGAACAAAAAGCAUGGAGGUGGGCCGGUGUUAAAUGCCACUUAUGUUCCCGAAGAGCAAUCCGCUCUGGUUACUUUUCAGGAUGCAAAAGAUUUAAAUGCUGUCUUGAAUCAGAAACAUUCCUUCAAUGGUGUGCAAGUCCUUGUUCAUCCAUUCUACGAAUCCUUGGAUGCAGCUCUGUAUGGGAAGGAGAGACCUCAACUUAAGAUGCCAGAGUUGAGCAGAGUUUUUCUUGAUCCCUACCACUGGCAAUUUUUGCAGCACAAUCCACGGCUGCGUGAUGAAAUAAGCAAUGAAAUGGCCGCCUAUUAUUGUGAGCUUGAAUGGCCUUCUAGGGCCAGUGAACACCCAGAGAUCACCAUGCACCCUUCACGUGCCUUGUUGAAGCAACCUAGAUCUUUGAUCAAGACUUGGAAUGACGAUGUAUCUGUUCACCUUACACAGCUGCUAUCAAAGCAGAAGGUUGUCAAAUGCAGAGUGGAUGCUGAGGUGUGGGAAGCCAUUAGAAACAGCAUGGUCAGAGAUAACGUUUUGAUCAUACCGGAUGUUCCAAAGGACAUUGUUGCCUUGGUGGGAGCAGUCGAAGUUGUCACUGAUGCAGAGCAAGAAAUGAAGCUGCAUAUAGAAAGUGCUGUUAAAAAGAUUGAAAGGGAGAGGCAGACAGUGGAGAAAACUGUGUCAGUUGUUCCUGGAAAAUACACUGUCCUGAACAAUGCUGGACUACAGGAGAGAAUUCACUCAGAGUACCCAGAACUAGGAAUUUCCUAUGAUGCUUCCAAAGAAUGUAUAUCUCUCUGUGGUGUAGCUGCUGAAGUGUUCAAAACGAAAAGUGAUAUCCUGGAAAGUCUGUCCAGUAUGGCUCAGAAGUCUGUGGAUGUGCCUCCUUACGUUUUGCUUUUCCUGCAACAUGUUGAUAACGAGCAGCUGUCUCGACUCUUGUUUUGGGACAAAAGCAUCAAUGCCUUCUAUGAACUCAAGAGUGAGGGAGUCCUGUUACUGGGAGGAACUUUUCAGGAUCUAACAAAAGCGGAGGAAGCAAUGAAGAAAGAUCUGUCCUACCGAUGCAUCAUGCUGGAGGACAAACUGGUCAUCAGAAUGAAAGAAUGGAAUGAGCUGACCCAAAGUUUAUACAAGGCAUAUAACUGUUCCAGUGAAACCAUCAUCAUCCAUGAGCUGGAGGAUCAGGUAGUCAUUGCAGGUUAUUCCAAAGCAGUGGCUGAUGCCAAUCAGAAGUUGUCAGAUUUUGUUGAUACCAACACAUACAUUCAGAAAAUCCUUGUGACGAAGUCUGCGGCUGUGACUCUGUUUGUCGAGCAGGAGAUGGCCCAUAAAUGGCUCAUGUUGACUGAGCGAGAUGUGAAAAUUAAUUUUGGCACACGGCAGAAUCGGAGACGGAUUUUCCUCGAAGGGCCCAAAAGAGUAGUGCUGGAAGGACACCAGCUCUUUCAAAAUAUAAUCUCAUCUCUGCACGCAACAACUAUGGUGGUUGAUCGCAUAGGAGCCAAAGCUUUCUUCCAGCAGCAAGAACAGUUGCUUGUUCCCAUUGCAAAACAAAAAUUUAGGUGUUUGGUCAUGAUCCAGGAAGGCACAGAGGGUGAUGAAGAGGAGAGGGGCCAUGAAGGGAAGGGCCAGCAGUGUUGCGAAGUUAAACUAAGAGACGGCAUUGUCAUAACUGUGAACAAGGGAGACCUGACCCGUUUUCCAGUGGAUGUGGUAGUUAAUGCAGCAAAUGAAGAAUUGCAGCACAUUGGGGGCCUUGCCGAUGCACUCUCGAAAGUAGCUGGCCCGCAGCUCCAGAACGAGUGUGAUAACCUUGUAAGACAACAUGGACGCUUAAGGCCUGGCUGUGCAGUUAUCACGAGUGCUUGGAACCUGCCCUGCAAGCAGGUAAUUCACGCCGUUGGGCCAAGGUGGGAGAGUCAUAAAAAAGAAAAAUGCAUACAGUUGUUGAAGAAAGCUGUGAGGGACAGUUUACGGCUGGCAGAAGCCUAUAAUCAUUGCUCCGUAGCUAUCCCUGCCAUAAGUUCUGGCAUAUUCGGAUUCCCACUUGAAGAAUGUGUUCAUUCUAUUGUAACAGCCAUCAAGGAAACCUUAGAGGAAUUUGUUGAGAAUGUCUCCUUGAAGCACAUAUGCCUUGUGGACUGUAAUGAUCAAACCGUUCAGGCCUUCUCUGAAGCUGUGAACAAAGUGUUCAGAGACAAAGGACUGGCCUCGAAAGGGGAUUCUCAAAGGCCUUCUACCUCCAAAGCUAAGAGCCAUGCUGCAGAAGGUAGACCGAAGGAAAAAAUGGUCGUUACUGCUGAAGGCCUGAAAAUAAUUCUACAGGAAAAGGGAAUUGAAGAUGUAACAACGGAUGUGAUAGUCAACAGUGUUUCCAGCGAUCUGCAACUUAAUCAAGGCUUCCUCUCCAAGGCCCUGCUGGGCAGAGCAGGAGCAGAGCUCCAGAUGGAAUUAACCAAACAAGGCCAAGGCAAAGCCCUGAAAAAUGGUUGUGUGCUAAAAACGGCUGGUUAUGCCCUGAACUGCUAUCAUGUGUUGCAUGUCAUUUUACCCCACUGGAAUCAGGGCCAGAACUCCGAAGAAAAGAUCUUGCAGGACAUUGUUGCAGAAUGUCUGACAAUCACGGAACAGCUCUCCCUGAGUUCCAUCUCGAUCCCAGCAAUUGGGACGGGUAAUUUAGGAUUUCCCAAGCCACUUGUUGCUAAAUUGAUGUUUGAUGAAGUGUUUAAACUCAGUCAGAAACAAAAUCUGAAGUCCCUUCAAGAAGUUCAUUUUGUACUACAUCCGAGUGACACCAGCACUGUCAAGGCCUUUACAGAUGAACUAUACAGCAGAUGUAAUUUGAACCAAACUGGGCUCAAGGUUGUUCCAGAGAAUUUGCUGCAAAGUCAAGGAGUUCAUAAAAUGCAAAUCGGGCCAAUUAAAUUGCACGUGGAAUGUGGAGAUAUCACCCAAGAAACCACAGAUGCGAUCGUGAACAUAUCCAAUGACGCGUUUAACCUGUGUGUGGGUGUUUCUAAAGCAAUUCUGGAUGGAGCUGGACCAGAGAUGGCAAAGGAAUGUGCUGUCCUAGCCUCUCAGCCUCACAACAAUCUCAUAUGCACAAAGCCAGGAAAUCUGAAGUGUAAGAGUGUCAUCCAUCUGGUGGCCAACCCUGACAUCAAAACGCAGGUCACCAGUGUCCUCCAGGAAUGUCAGCAAAGGCAGUUUGCAUCAGUUGCUUUUCCUGCAAUUGGGACAGGAGGAGCAAAACGUGAUCCAGCCAAAGUGGCUGAUGAUAUGAUUGAUGGGAUCGUAGAGUUUGCAAGUAAUACAUCUGCCCCAGUGGUAAAACAUAUUAAAAUAAUCAUUUUCCAAAAACAAUUACUGAAUGUAUUUUAUACAAGUAUGCAGAAGAAGGAGGCUGCUGCUCCCAAGUCAGAUGCACAGGCACCAAAAUCUGUUAUAUCCAGAAUAACAGGGUUUUUCGCCUCUGUAAUAUCCACUAAACCAAAACAGAAGCCUUCCUUGUCUCUGGAGAAACCUGUAGAGCCAGCCAUUUUUCAAAUUUGUGGAGACAACCAGAGAAAUGUAGAGGCUGCAGCAAAUUGGGUUAAAGAGCUGAUUUUGCAGGAACAAAAGGAAAUGACAUUCUCAGACAAUUGUAUUACAAACUUUGGGGAAAGGGAAUUGGAGCAAUUGAAGAGUCUUCAGGAGAGGCUGAAUAUUGGCAUUCAGUUAGAGAGUGACAACUCUAUGCCUUUCCUCCGUGUUCAUGGCAUGAGCAAGGAUGUCUGGACUGCCAUGGAAGAGGUGCAGAGCAUGAUGAAAAGUGUCCGGGAAGGCAGAGAAGAGCAGUCCAGGGCAGACAUUCUCAGUACCCUGGUAGAGUGGCAAUAUGAAGACCAGGGACAAUACAAGGCAUUUGACACUCUGACCAAUAUGUGGAUAGAAUCCGCAGCACAACAUCAGAGGCAGCGUGAUGUAAACAUACAGAACAAAUGCUACACCGUGGAUCCAAUCAACCUGUGUGCAACGGAUGCCCAAGGGACAAAAAUUACUCUUCGGCGUAUUGCAAAAGUGGAAGAUAAUGUGGCCAUGGCACUUCCAGAAGAGUGGGAGGACAUGCAGCAAAUGCGUGUCAAAGUGGUAGAGCUAAAUCCAGAAGCAAGGGAAUAUCAAAAGGUCAAGACAAUGUUUUGCCAGACAUGUAGCGCAUUCAAGAUUGAAAAGAUUGAGAGGAUCCAAAACCCGUAUUACUGGCAGGCAUAUCAAAUAAAAAAGCAGGAAAUGGAUGCUAAAAAUGGCAACAGAAAUAACGAGAAGCUCCUUUUUCAUGGGACCGCUAGUUCAUCAUUAACUGUCAUAAAUGCCAAAGGGUUUAAUCGGAGUUAUGCCGGUGCCCAUGCUGCAGCUUUUGGAAAUGGGACUUAUUUUGCUGUUAAUGCUCAAUAUUCUGCCCACGAUACUUACUCAACACCAGACGCAAAUGGGAAGAAGUAUAUGUAUCUUGCCAGAGUGCUUGUUGGAGAAUAUUCUGCUGGAUCACAAGGAUUAAUCGUUCCACCAUCAAAGAAUGCGACGGAUCCUACAGAUCUGUUUGACAGCGUCACAGAUAAUGUCACAAAACCCUCCUUGUUUGUCACCUUCAAUGAUAUCCAAGCUUAUCCAGAGUACCUUAUUACUUUUAGGAAAUAAACUUGUCUUUCUGUGCUAUUUCUCCAUCAAAACUUUCCAUCAUUCUGAAAUAUACAAUGUAAGUACUUGUUACUGAAUAAAUUUCUGAAUAAAGUUGACUUAACGUG